UGGGGGGGAAAUGAAAGAUCUGCGUGAAGGUAAAGUUUGAGGGUAGGCUACCUCUGAUGGUUUCCCGCUCACCUGCCCGUCUGUAAGCGUGUGCCCCUCUCCGUUCAACUGACGACGAGGGACAUUAUCGCCCAUAGAACAAUUGACGAGCAACUUAAAGAGACCUGACUAUUGCUCCGGUAUUUUUAGUGGGAUUUGGCAGCGCUAUCGGAGGGAUUUGACGUGCGCAACGUUGAAGGAUAUGGCUUAAAUAAUGGUUGCGUUACUGACAGCUGGAGUAAGGUCCCCCUCACUUGAGUGUUUUAUAAGCUAUUGUCGACUUUGGUGGAAACCCAUCUAAAUGGGAGGAUACCUGGAGGACUGAGUCGGAUUCGGCAGUCGAGAAAAAUGUGGAUAAAACAGAGUGUUGCGCGCAGUCCGUCUGCUUUGAGGACAGGCAGCUGUGUGGGGCACCGGGUGUGGAUCCUGCUGGCCAUGACCCACCUCACCGUGGACUUCUCUGUGUGCAGCCCCCUCAGCCAGGGUCUGGGAAUCAAACUCACAUCUAAAUCCGUGCCUCGCUCACGACCUCGCUGGCAGCCACUCUGGGACAUGCCCAACAAGCUUCAUUGGAGAACAGUAAGCCCGUUGGCCCGCCGGCUUCUUAGUCCUAUCCCUCCACCCCUAGACAACAGUGCAGGGAUAGGGGCAAAAGUCAAGCAUCGGAGACCAGCACAUAAAGGACAAGCCAUGUGUAAGGAGUGCCGGUUAAGAUACUCUCAAAUGGAGACAGGUGAUCCUUUGGCUGUAAUAGCGGAAGCUCCAGCAGCUUUAUCCAGUGGGAGCAGAGGAGACACACUGAGGUUGCUACGUAGAGUCAGGAGGCAGCUCAAAUGGGACAGCUAUGACAAGUCUCAGGAGGGCCGGACUACCACGGUGGCCGGAUUUAUCGACUGGGGACCGACUGGGACAGAUAGCAUAGAUGAUGAUGGCAAACCGGAGCCUAACAUAACGCUGUCCACCAGGGUCUCAACAACCACAGUGGCCACAACCACUAGCACUACAACCAGGCUCUCCCAUAGGACGUUCACUGUGGUGACCACACCAGAGCCCAAGAGGCUAAGCACCACCAAGGCCACUGUCAGCUUCGGGGAGACUGUCAAACCACCAAAGCCAUAUGGGGACACACCAGGUUUGGCAGUUCACCAGAUAAUCACAAUCACUGUGUCUCUCAUUAUGGUUAUCGCAGCCUUGAUCACAACACUCGUCCUUAAAAACUGCUGUGCGCAGUCGGGGAAUGGCCGCCACAAUAGCCAUCAGCGCAAGAUCCACCAGCAGGAAGAAAGCUGCCAAAACCUGACAGACUUUACCCCAGCCCGGGUGCCCAGUAAGGUGGACAUAUUCACUGCCUACAAUGACAGCCUGCAGUGCUCACAUGAGUGCGUUCGGACUGCCGUGCCCAUCUACACUGAUGAGAUGAUCCAGCAGACGCCUGUCUACAAGACUGCUUACAACGGAAACAGGCCCUCCCCCACUGAAAGACAACUGAUUCCUGUGGCCUUUGUGUCAGAGAAAUGGUUUGAGAUCUCUUGUUGACAAGCUGAAGGCCUUGCUCACUUCCUGUGGGUGGAAGAGACUUCCUGAAUUCACUCUCUGGAUCCAGUUGGAAACAAGAAACACACAAAACAGCUUCUUUUUGUAAAAUAGCGUGAUCACUCUUUGGACACUGGUGAAGAUAUUUAUUUUUUUAGAGAUGACAAGCAGAGCAGCCACAACGCUGCCACUCCAUAUCUCCAGGAACGUACAGUCAUUUAGAUAUAGAUUAUAUAUAGGUAUAUUUACAGGAGGUGUGGGACAAGACUGUGGACGUCACGGAUGUCUCAAGAGAAACACUUGACAUUUGAAAAAGGAACCCACAGAGCUGCUGUGGGUGGAAGAUGAACUGUAUUUCUGAACAAUGUGCCAAUAAUGCCACUAUGUGCCACAACCUGGAUAGAAGGAAGUUUCAACAACAACUGAUGGACAACACAAAGAGCGCUAUAUUAACCCUGUAUCGACUCAAACUACAUUGUUUGUUUGUUUGUUUUUUAAGAAAUGUGAAAGAUAAAAAAUGCUACCAAUGUAUUUGAAUAUGUUUUAAAUAGUUUUAAGAAAAGUGUUGCAAAAGAGUCUAAAAGAUAUUUAUAUGAGACACUAUUCUAUUAGUUGGGGAAGAGAGAAGAUGGAAAAAAGAACGGUAUAUGCUUUAUUGAACAAUUGAUUUUAAAACAUUGUUUCUAUAGAUCCCAUUUUAAAAACAGAAUAGUUAUGUCUAUUUUUUUACACAGAGUAGUCUGCCACAGUCCUAACAGUGUAAGUCCGAACCACUUGGAAUUCAGCACUGUUAAUCAAAUACUCCCACCCGAGCUGAGAUUAUAUCAAAGAAAACCAUUUGAAUACACCUGGUGCAAGCCAAGUAAAUGCCAACUCCAAUUGCUUAUUAUGUAAGAUCUGUUUCUGAUUUGGGUUCAUGAAAAAACAAACAAAAUAUUUAUGUGGUGCAGUAUCACUGUUGCAAAAAUCCCAUUGCAGCAAAAUUCAAUUCACGUAUAGAUACAAGGACAGCCACAAGAGUAAGCAUGAGGAUGAGUUGGACAGGACAUUCAUACUGCCUCAGGUCUGUCUAACUCUCUUGCACACUUUGGUCUCGGGUUCAGCAGCUGUUUGGGAUACAUUCUAAUGAUUGGUUAUAAUUUAGACAGCUGAAAGAGUGGAAUAGAUUCAAUUUGAGCUUCAAAUUCAAAUAUAUCACGUGAUAAUUUGCAUUAAUAGGGGAAAGACUGAAAAAUUAAUCCCUCCACAGAUAGUAAAAGACCAUCCUCACCAAACUCCCAGAGUGGUUCCCUUUUAAUAAAUUGUUUUUAAAACAAAAAAACAAAAAAGUAUAUUCGCUUCAGUCCAUCAACCAAGAAUGAAGAAAGAAGUGCUGCAAAGUGUUGGCACUCGUGUUUUAAAUGCAAGAUGUAAGCAGGGAGAUUCCCUCUCCAAAUGUGUGGAAAUGACUAGUUUGCUCCCUACAGAGCCAGAUCUACUCAAUACUCGAGGACAAUAUUUCUAGCAUAUCAGAAUUUCAGCUACAACACCCAGGAAGUUGGGUGUUGUGCACAAAUAGAUUGUUUGUUUGUGUGCCAAAGUAAGCAGAACAAAAAUUCGAUAUAGACGUAUGAGAAAGAGUUUUUUUUUUUCUUUCUAAAACCCCAAAACUCUCAGUGUAUUGUUAAAGUCAGGGGAUUAUGACAAGCCAAGCAGUUGCUGCCAAAUUGGUUUAAACUAUAUCUUAAGUCGAGGUGAGGGAACUCUAUGGGCAGGAAGGACAGUAAAGCUCUCCCGGGAGCUUUCUGGAACCAUGAAUUUUAUUAUCAACCUCAAGCUCUGAAAGACAGAUUACCUUUGUGAUACAAAGCUUUUGAGGAAGCCUCCUAUGAAUCUACCUUUAUUGUGCUGUGGGUUUGUACAAAGCACAAAUACAAUUCUGUAAUUGUAAACAUUUUUGGCUGCGGACAGCAAUAUGUACAGAUUUUAAAGGUGGGUUUUAUUGUGUGUCGGCGGUGGAGCUCCAGUAAUUCGCUUAGGUGGUUUUUAGGCUUGUACUCACUUCCUUAAAGGAUCCAAGAAAACAGGUUGUCCCAGUGAGAUCGGUAUCUGUAAAUGUGAGCUAUUCAGGAGGUGCCAAGAUGGCCUGGGAUAAACACUGUGGUGAAAAACUCCCGCUUUUGCCCAUUCACAACAUGAAAACCACUCUCAUGAAUGACCCAUACCAAUUCAGCCUCACUUGUGUGUCAGGCUGUGGAGUUGCUUCUUUGACAUAACAUAUAUUUUUUUGAAUGAAGAGUGUUAUCUUAAUAGUCAGAGGGUUACAAAAACUUGCUGUAUAUUAUACACGUGUAAAUGUAUUUUCUAUAUAUUUGCUUCUAUUUGUGUACAGGUGUGUUCUAUUUUUCAAGACCUCUCCUGUUUUUGGGAAGGUUUCAGCUAGGUCGGGGAUAGUGUCUUUGUUUACAUGUGUAACUAUGGUAUUUCUUUUAAAACACAAAACUAACCUUGUGCCAAGCUUCCUACCUGCACUUUCAAGCAGUACUUGUAUUAUAUCUUUAGCUAACCAGUAUAAUACUUCAGUAGACGCUGCAAUAGUUCAGAGACUGGAGAAGGAGGUGGAAUGUUUGAAAGUUACUGAGUGCUGAGUCGUUUGAAGAGGUGUUGGUAUCACGUCUUGGGUUCUGCCGUUUUCAUGGUUGGCUGGGAAACCAAUGACUCUGUUCUACAUCAUUUCAACAUGAAUAAUAAAAAACAGUGUAAAUUUAACAGUAGCUGCUAAGAAACCAACUAAACCUGAUCUAGACUGCGUUGCAUUCAUUUGUCAUAUUCAUUUGUGUAUACAUAUUGCUACAACUGCCCAAGAAUAUGUACGAUUUGCAACACACUUUACUGUAAUGAAUACAAAAAUUAAUGUUGGCGUUUGUGACAUAUGAAAUAAUCAGGGAAAGGUGUCUAAAGAAAGACGCGUGAGAGCAGGAUCAGAGUUACGCAUACUGAUAUGGAAGUCAUUCACUUUUUUUAUUUAUCAAAGCUUCUAAUGGAUAAUUCUGGUUUAUGUAAACUUAGGCUUUAGGGGUGGCAGUGUCCGUCUGUCCGUCUGUUGGUCAGUCAGUCCACUACUUUGCUGCAGACUGAAAUAUAACAUUUGGUAGAGACAUCCAUAGUGCCCACAGGAUAAAUCCUAAUGAUUUUGGUGACACCUUGAUAGCAUGCUAACAUGCUAAACUAAGAUGGUGGACAUGGAUAACAUUAUACCUGCUUAAUAUCCGCAUUUUUGCAUUGUCCUUGCAAGCAUUUUAGCAUGCUGAAAUGAUGGUCAGUAUAUAGUGACAAUAGUCUUGUUGUCGCUUUUGACAACAUUCCUAUGAUGAGAUUGUACUCACCAAGUUAUUUGCAGGCUAAAAUGAGACCAACAGUGUAAAACAAGUCUAAAACUACUACAGGAAGUGGAGAGUGCAAACUGUGGUGGAUGUUUAAUAUGGACAGUUUGUGUGUUAAUUUUACAGUUCGCCUUUAUUUUAUAUUCCAAAUAAGUUUAGCUAACCUGUCUGAUUGUCACACUGUCUCUGCCCUGCUGAAUUUUUUUUUAGCACUGUGGUCCAGGAUCUCAGCAGUGAACUUGGUUGAGUACAAUGUUAUUUCUGACAGAGAGAUCUGUGCAGUAUCACGAAGUGGUUCCCUAUGACAUCCAACGUUUAUGAAUUUGGGCAGUUUUUUAUGCUUGUUCUCUGAAUUGCUGUGAACGGUUUCAUCAUUGCCACGUCUCUGUACUACUAACACUUUAUCUGAUAAUUGUAAAAUGUCAAUGUGACCCUCCCGAAAAUGUUGAAAUUUUAUACCAAGCUGAUAAUUAUAGUGUGGGACUGAUUUCUCAUUCUUUCAAAAUAUACAAAAUCAGAUUAUUGAACCAAGGGAAACUUUGACAUUUGGAAUUCAUUUCUGUGUUUCAUGCUGUAGGGCAAAGGUUUUGUAGGCUUGUUUGAAUUGUUAGCAUCACUCAUUAAAAUCACAAGGAGCAAAAACUUUACAUUCCCGAAGGACAUUUAGACAAGGAAAAAUUUUAUCUUGCAGCUGUGAUAUAUUUUUGAAACAGACACGAUUAUCUGGAGACAUCGGCAUACAUCACCCUUCCUCCUUUUACCUCUGUCUAAAAUCAAACUGAUAUGUAAGGAAAUGCCUUACUGCUUUCUUGCCUUUUCAGUUUAUAUGUCAGGAUAGCUGAUGAGUGUGGUGUAUUAUAGCUAAGAGGGAGGAAAAUGAUUCCACUCCGCUGGUCAGAUUUGAUUCAGGAAACAUUAUCUGAGAGCAGCACAGGCAAUGGCAGGCGGGGGGGCUUGUAGAAAAGUCUUAAACAGACACCAAAGACUUGACAUGCCUUUUUCACAAGGAAUGAAUAUUUUGCGUUUCUGUCUCUUCAGUAACCCACAAAACCCAUGCUCCCUUCAGCACAAACAAGCUAUCAAUCAGCAAGGGUUUCCUUGUCAAGAUGAAAGAUGUGCCGCACACUUUGCAGGGACUGUGAUUCGUGUUUGACUGUCAGACAUACAGAGUGGAACUUAUUGACAUAUGUUGUUUGAAUUAGAUGCUGGCUGGACAUCUCCAAGGCCAAGGUUUGUUUUUUUCCAUAUCAUCAGAACCAUUCACGAGCGACAAAGCAUCAAUAUUUUGACUUUGUUUAAUCAUGGCCUUUGGGUGCCUGAUUAGUCUAGAAACAUGUUUCACAAAUGGAAUUGAUGUGGCCGAUAGCAGGUUGCUCAAACAGCAAGAUGGACUCAGUAGGAAGAAGAAAAUUUUUGAUUUGACAAUGAAAUGUUUUACUCAGAAGAAAGGACAAUGUUUAUGUUUAUAGACAGAUAUGUAUCUUACUGAAUUCAUUUUUAGGCGUCAGGAAACUGUAGCUCUCCACUCCGCUUCUCCUCGUUUCACAAAAUCACAUACUGUGCGCUUACUGUAUCUAAAGCGGAGGGCUCAGACUCUCCUCUCGGGUCACGUUUUUACUUUUCUAUGUACAAGAGCUAAAGCACUGUCACUGUCAGUGCUUAUUAAUACAGUCAAAAGACUUGAAGAAAAACAACACUUUGUUUGCAACAUCUAAGUUCUCCCAUAAUCCCUCUGCUAGAUGGAGACUAGCUGUGUGACCCAAAUCUGCUGUUGCGGCAUUUGAUUUGCAUAGACGGCCUCCAACGCUGUACAAUGCCUUCAGAAAAAAAAAUAAGGCCUGGAAUGACAAGGCAAGGAAAUUUGGGAUAACAGGAAAAAAUAGAUCCAUGGUUGCUUAUUCCCGGAGAGUUCAAAAUGGACAGAGGGGUAAAAAAAAAACCAUAAAUAUCAUUCGUACAGUUUCAAUUUGUAGAGGUGAGGAAGUUGUGUAGGAUUUUAUUUUCUUGUUUUGGGGAGGGAAGGGCUUUUCACAUGUGGACACAGUGGUUUGUUCAUCGAAGCUGACUUACAAUACAUACCUACCAUGAAAGAACCUGACGCGAGUUGUAUUGUCACCAUCAAAAUGAAGAGUUUGUACUUUGUGACUUAAACUUUUUAUAUUUGUGUUUAAUAUAUCAAUGAGUACCUCUGUUAACUUUUGUAUAAGACCUAUGACUAUAGUAUAUACAAACACACAUACACACACACCUCCACAAAAGGGACUCCAGUCUGUCUCUGUGACGGCUAAAUGUUGUAUAACUUUUAUUUUGUGUCUUAUGAACCACAUCUCUUCCUUUUGUAGUUAUUGGUAAAUGUUUCGAUUUCCAGGUGACUUUGAUUUGGUUACUCUUGUACUACUAAGCUCUGUAUUUGCAAGCACUGUAAAUGCGAUUCUCAUUGGAUUCGUCCUCUGUACAUUUAGUACUCUGAUGUUGCUAUUAAUAAAAUGUAAAACAUCA